CUGGUCCUGGAAAGCUGCACAGUUCUUAACAUGAGCUCUUGUUGGAUUGUUUUUUUUAAUUUUAUGUAUUACUUUUUCUUAUGAAUUUACCUACAACAGCACCAUCAAAUUUAAAUGAUAGCAUCGACACUUAAAGCUGUUUGAAUCUGCCUCCUUGGAGACACCUGCUCGUGCUUCUCACAUCUCACAUCUAUUCAACAUGGGGAACUAAUUUACAUCAAGCAACACUACACCACUCCUCUCCACUGGAUCAAACCUGGUAGUGAUGCAGACUGGUCCCCAGGUCACUGGUAGCACCUCUCUCCAGAUCCCUCCCCAGCCUAGCCUACACCCAAUCCUGCUGGACACAGUGCAACCCCUCCUACUCCGGUCCAUCAUCAAUCCUAAUGGGAUGGAGGGAAACCUCCAGCCCCAGACACCACAGCCACCCAAGACCUGUGGCUCACCUGGACCUGCUGGGAAAUCAUGCUGGAGCUUGGAUAUGAGGGUGGCCAUGCUUCUGGUGACUGUGGCUGCAGCUGUGAUCCUGCUGCUGUUGUACAGACUCUUGCAGCUGAGACACAGGCUGAGGUUGGCCAGCGCCAGGCACGCUCUGGAGUACCACAGCUUCUUCCACACUGCCACCUACACACUCAAACAUCCUGAAGCACAUCAGGACCUCUCAGCCAGGAAUGGGACUGUUUCUGAAUCUACUGUGCCGGUCCAAACCGUAACCACAGUGACACCCAUUGCCAUCACCCCACUGCCUCCCCCAUCGGUACCUAGUCCACCCCCACUACCACUCCCACCACCUCCUGUCCUGCCUCCACCCUCUCCGACGCCUCCAGUGCUGGCCCUCCCUCUCCCUCUGCCUGUGAUCCACACCACCCCACCCAGCCCUCACCUGUCAUGGGGAGCCUGCUCCGAUGCAGAUGUCUACUCUCGAAUCGGAGCUUUCAGGACCUCCAGGCUCUCCAGCAUCUCCACCCACUCGAAGGUUAUCCUGUUUGAACACUCGUCUCUCUGACCUCUGACUUAGAACAUGACUGGAAGCACCAGCCAAAUACAUCUUCUUCAGAUAGCAAUUCUGUUUUUCUUUGAACAUUGUUAGGCUCAAUGUAUCCCCCCAUUUGCAGUCUUUGUGCUAAAGCCACAGUAUGCUAACAGACUGCUGGCUGUAGCCUUAUAUUUAACAGACAGAUGAAGGCGGUAUUGAUCUUUGCAUCUAAUUCCCCACAUGAAAGCAAAUAAGUGUAUUUCACAAAAUCACAAAAUGUCAAACCUUAACUUACAAAAAUGAUGAACAUUAAUUUACAAGACUGAUCCCAUGGGUAUAAUAAGUUCUGAAAUCUGAAUUUGUGUAUUUAAUGUGAGUUUAAAACUUACUGUAUCUAACUGCACUGACUAUAUGGUCAAAUUGACAAGUUACAUGAACCCUCUCAUUUGUAAUGAACUGUAGUUAAAGAUACCAAGUCAUGAGUCCUUACCACUUGCAAUCUUUAUUUAUGCCAAAGAAUACAAGUUGGCAUUUUUACAGUGUAGUUACUAAAGCUGAGCUCAUUGUUUCCUGAGAUUGGAGGCAUUUCCUGAGCUGGUUUUCCAUGGUGGGGUCCCUCCCUGUUUCACACCAUUCUCUGCAUUCUCUGUGCUUCCUCUGAGUCUCUCCUUAUAUCAGUCAUACUUUGCAUUUUGUUCGUUUACAGUCUUCAAUUAUCAUUCUGAAGUUUUUCUUUUAUACAAAGAGGAGUAACUUCUAAAUAAUUAGUUUGUUAGUGCCCAAACUAAUACAUUUACAAAUGAGCACAAAUCAUCAUUCUCUAAAGUUGCCUUGCCAACACAGACAACACCUUUGUGUCCACUUUGUUACUAACAAGGUGUGAAGGUGAGUUUUCUUUCAAUAUUUAACCAUAUUUGCCAAACAGGUCUCUCAUUUAUAACAACAGUUUGUAAAUUCAUGUGGAAAGCUGUUUUAGUUGAUGGCGGUUUGUUGCUUUCUGCUCGCUGGGGUGAAAACCGAGACCUUUCGUGACAUGUCUCGUUAGUCUUUUCUGUAUCUAAGUCUGACGGUGAGACCACUGUCUCCAUACUAAAAGCCUGUUAAUUCAAUCUGUGCAUGUACUGCAGCAUUGUCUCUUAAUUGGUUCUAAGCUGACAAGCGACAAUUAAAUUAAAUAAAAUGAGAUAAUGUCACGUAAGGAUGGAUAUGAAUGUGUUUGUGUUCUGGAUUUGAUUGAUAUUAAUUGUAGAUUUUUAAUGUUUCCAUUUUUGAAAUCGUUUCCAUUUUUUACUGCUUCAUACAGCAGUAAAAAAAAAAAAAUCAAGUAAUUCUAAUUGCAUCCAUUCUUUAAAUUUAAUUUAAUUUUUUUUAUUCUUUAUGAGUUUAAGACACUUAAAUCACAGAGUGCUUCACUCAAACCACAGACUAAUACCUCUUUUGUAAAACUUACUGGAUUGUAAAGUGGGAAGUGAGUUAAAGCUGAAAACAGAGAGGAGCUGAAAGCUGAGAUGGACAGUAAAGUAAGGCAAGCCUUGAUUUGAAUAUUGGACAGCUUUCUGCAAGAACUGAUGGUGACCGGCCUUUAAAUUCCAGUCUGA